UUCUGUUUUGAUUUCAGAGGGAUUUCGUGAUGGAGUGACAUAAGCUUUGCAUGUGUUGAAUUUAUAAAAAGUGUCUACAGGAGAGAAUUCUGGAGGAACUAGGUGUUUUACUAAUAUGGUAAAACUCACUGAAUACAGUAACUGAAUUUGAUGUUACUACUGUAAACUGCAAGGAAGUAAAAAAAGAAUCAAGUUCCUUUUUUCAGUGGUAUGGCUGACCUCAUAAGCACUUACCCUGUUCUGAAGUCCUUUUUAGCAGGCUCGUUCAGUGGCAUCUGCUCAACUCUCCUAUUUCAACCACUUGAUCUUGUGAAGACAAGGUUACAAAGUCCUAUUCAAGCAAGAACUGCAGGACUUGGAAUGGUUUCCUUGUUAUUCCAUGUUGUCAAAAAUGAAAAAGUGACUGGUCUUUGGAAGGGAACUGUUCCAUCUAUGACUCGUUGUGUUCCUGGGGUUGGGCUAUACUUUUGUUCCCUUAACUGGUUACAGCGAGCACUGGCGAAGAGUGAUCCUUCCCCAUUAGAUGCAAUAUGUUUGGGUGUUAUGGCAAGGUCAUUUGCUGGUGUUAUUCUCUUGCCAAUCACAGUUAUCAAAACUAGAUACGAGAGUGGUGUCUACAAAUAUGGUGGUAUAUUGCAAGCUUUGAAAGUUAUUCACACUACAGAGGGUUUCAAGGGUUUAUUUAGUGGACUGAUACCUACCUUGCUACGAGAUGCACCUUUUUCAGGCUUGUAUUUGAUGUUCUACACACAAACAAAGAAAGCUGUACCUGAAUCAUGGAGGGAUGGAAUGACUCAAGUUCCAACAAUAUUUUUCUGUGGAACGUUUGCAGGAUUAGUGGCCUCGACUUGCACCCAGCCAGCUGAUGUCAUCAAAACUCACAUACAGUUGUACCCCAGAAAAUUUACUAGCGUCUCUAUAGCAGUCGGUCAUAUCAAUAAGGAACAUGGAUUGGCAGGAUAUUUCAGAGGUCUUGUCCCUAGAGUUCUCAGAAGAACACUUAUGACAGCUUUGGCAUGGACUGUUUAUGAACAAGUACGUUAUUGCAUUUGAGUUAUGUAGUGUUACAAACAGGUUUAAUAAAAUGUCAUUUG